AUCAUCCUCCUGCUUCCGUGUCUCCUCCUUCGCCACAUCUUCACUCACUUCACAAAACUAGGGUUUAACCUCAAUUCAACAAACUCCAUAAUCAAUCCACUAGUGAGCUGUAAGCAUGGCAGCAUCCUGUUGCUCUGCAUCACCUUCACUCGACCUCACUUUUCUCCGCCCAAUUUCCGCUUCCACCAGCCUCCGAUUCUCACUCUCUACACGCAAUGCACUCCGCAAAUCAAAUCGUUCUUCAACGAAAGUAGCGGUUAGAGGUCGAAUUCGAUCGGUUCGGACCACCGAAGAAGUGAUCCUUGUGGAGAAGGAGGAUGGGAAGAUUGAUGUAGGUGGCAAUGGGAGUGUUGGUAAUGUUAAUGGUGUGGAGAAUUUGAAGAGUUUGAAUGGGAGUGUUGGUGGUGGUGGUGAGAAUGGGAGACUUGUUAAGUACGUUAAUGGUAAUGGUAAUGGUUAUGUUAAUGUUGUGGAGAAGAAGGGUGAGACGAAGAAGAAGAAGACGACGAUUGAGGAGAUCGGUCAGGAAGAGGCGUGGUUUAAGCGGAGCGGAAAGGGCAAGGUCGAGGUAUCUGUUGCUCCUGGUGGGAGGUGGAAUAGAUUCAAAACUUAUUCAACCAUUCAAAGGACUUGUGAAAUAUGGGGUUUUGUUCUGACGUUUCUUUUUAAAGUCUGGUUCAACAAUCAGAAAUUUGCAUACCGCGGUGGAAUGACAGAACAGAAGAAAGCUCAAAGGCGAAAAACUCUAGCCAAGUGGUUGAAGGAGAGUAUUUUGAGAUUAGGGCCCACGUUCAUCAAAAUCGGGCAGCAGUUCUCAACAAGAGUGGACAUUCUUGCCCAAGAAUAUGUUGAUCAAUUAUCAGAGCUUCAGGAUCAAGUUCCUCCAUUUCCGUCAGAGACUGCUGUUUCCAUUGUCGAAGAAGAACUUGGAGCUCCCGUUAGUGAAAUAUUUGAUUACUUUGAUUUUGAGCCGAUAGCUGCUGCAAGUCUCGGUCAAGUACAUCGAGCAAAAUUAAAGGGUCAAGAAAUAGUUGUUAAAGUACAAAGACCAGGCCUCAAGGAUCUCUUCGAUAUUGAUCUUAAAAAUCUAAGGGUAAUAGCAGAAAAUCUUCAGAAACUUGACCCAAAGUCUGAUGGUGCGAAAAGGGAUUGGGUUGCUAUAUAUGACGAGUGUGCUAAUGUCUUGUACGAGGAGAUUGAUUAUACAAAAGAAGCUGAAAAUGCUGAAUUGUUUGCACGUAACUUUAAAGAUCUAAAUUAUGUAAAAGUCCCGAACAUAUACUGGGAAUAUACCACCCCACAGGUUCUUACAAUGGAGUAUGUUCCAGGAAUCAAGAUCAAUAGGAUACAAGCUUUAGACCAAUUAGGUGUUGAUCGUAAAAAGCUGGGCAGGUAUGCUGUUGAAUCAUAUCUGGAACAGAUACUAUCGCACGGUUUCUUCCAUGCUGACCCCCAUCCUGGUAAUAUAGCUGUUGAUGAUGUGAAUGGCGGAAGGCUAAUAUUUUAUGAUUUUGGAAUGAUGGGGAGCAUAAGCCCGAACAUCCGCGAAGGUUUGUUGGAAGUAUUUUACGGAGUUUAUGAGAAAGAUCCAAAUAAGGUUCUUCAAGCUAUGGUUCAAAUGGGCGUUCUUGUGCCAACCGGAGACAUGACAGCUGUCAGAAGAACUGCACAAUUCUUCCUUAAUAGCUUCGAAGAACGCCUUGCGGCACAAAGAAAAGAACGAGAGUUGGCAACUGCAGAACUUGGGUUUAAGAAACCAUUGACCAAAGAGGAAAAAAUAGAGAAGAAAAAAGAGCGUUUAGCUGCAAUCGGGGAGGAUUUAUUGGCUAUUUCAGCAGAUCAACCAUUCCGAUUUCCUGCCACUUUCACCUUUGUAGUUAGAGCUUUUUCAGUGUUAGAUGGCAUUGGAAAGGGUCUCGACCCCCGUUUUGAUAUCACAGAAAUUGCUAAGCCCUAUGCUCUGGAACUGCUAAGGUUUCGUGAAGCUGGUAUUGAAGCUGUCAUCAAGGACUUUAAAAAAAGAUGGGAAAGACAAUCACAAGCAUUUUAUAACUUAUUUAGACAAGCUGACAGGAUUGAGAAACUCGUUGCAGUUAUUGAACGAUUGGAGCAAGGUGAUUUGAAGUUACGAGUUCGAGCAUUGGAAUCCGAGAGGUCGUUUCAACGUGUUGCUGCUGUUCAGAAGACAAUUGGAAGUGCGGUAGCUGCUGGAAGCCUGGUCAACCUGGCAACUAUUUUAUAUCUAAAUUCAAUGAGAGGUCCCGCUAUGAUAGCGUAUUCCUUUUGUGCAUUUUUUGGGUUCCAAGUUCUGUUUGGCCUGUUGAAGGUUAAGAAACUCGAUCAACGGGAGAAAUUGAUUACUGGAACAGCUUAAACAAAAUAUUAAAACAGAAAAUACUUGUGUGUUCUUGAUACAAGUUCACAACCUAACAUCCAAAAAGAAGCUGCAGAGUUUUGUAGACAAAUAAUCUUUCCAACCUUACAAUUUAGAGAUCUGUGUGUAAAAGAAUGUAGAUAUAUCCUGGAUUGUAAGGUAUCAUAAAUUCACCAUCCUUUUGUUACAAUUUUAGGCUAGUUUUUGUGGUCAUUGAAGCUCCCCGGGCCCUAUACCAUAAAUUUGACCCGGGUCCAUGAGAGUUUGUAUACUUGAGGUGUGGUUCUCACAUUUGACUUUCACAUCUGUAGAUAUGUAUACUCCAUAAUAGAAGGGCAUGGUCAGAUGUCUAUGUAAAUCUUUUGUGUCAAUAUUCUUCAUGUAUAUCUCUUGUAAUUCUCAUUAUAAAGUGCCUAUCAACAUAA